AAGAACAAAUAAUGAAAGGAGAAUGCUAAAAACAAAUGCUAUAUUGUUACAUGUUUCAAAGACAUAGGUUCUUACCACAAUACUUGCAUGGUGUCAGUAACAGACUUCCUUGUAAAUAAACAGAAAGUUUGGUUUUGAAUGUAAAACGGGCAGCAUGCUGGCAAGUGGUUUUGGCUGUUAGUGGCUGGCUGUGAGCUGUGCUAACUGAACAAGGGAUGAUAGGGCAUCAGUGGAAUGCCUUGGUUUGAAAUAUUGUAAUUGGUUACAGUAUUAAAGCGUAAUGCUACAUUGAAAUGCUUCAGGUUUAGGCUCUUGUAUUGCUUUUCCACAUACUUUUCUUUACAAACGCUAGUCCCAUCCUCCCCCCCCCCCCCCCCCCUCCUCAUUUUCCUAGAAAUAACAAAAGGCGGCAAAAAUCAGGCUUUGGCACUUGAAAUGCUCUUGUUUCCCCAUCUUAAUUUCUUACAGACUGAUCUGAAAUCGAUAAUUCUCUUUUGCUGCAGCAAUGAACAGAAGUGUUUGAAGAAAUGUACCUAAUAAAUAACAUUGAGAUAUAUAUAUAUUUUUUUCUCUUACAAAUGUUUUCUUUUGAAUCGCUGUAUAUAGUGUAUAUUUUAGAACAUGCAACAGUAAAGAUAACUCACAUGGGUUUUUAAUUGAAUAACAAAAAGCUAGCUUCAAAUCUCCUUUUGAUGUUCACAGUCCUCUGCAUUUUGAAACACAAUGAGAUGAAUUAAUUGCCGCUCAUUAGGCAGUAUGUUGGGACAGCUUUGAAUGCACGUUCUUUCAUGGCCAUUGCCUGUUGCCUGGCUAAAAUAGCCAGCUUUUGUAUGUGUUACUGCCUACCUUAAUGAAAAGCCAAUUAGAUACCAGAGAGAGAAGAAUUCAAGUACAGCCCUUCCAUUUAUGCAUAGAACUUUUGUGUUUUCACAUUUUCUAUUUUUAUCCUCUAUUGUGUUACCUGACAUGUUAUCUUGUUAUUGUCUGUGUCAGUGAAAUGGUUUUUCAUGAAUAGGAUGCAAUACAAACUAGUGAAGCCCCCUUUAUGUGUUUCAUAUUUUUAAUUACCGGUACUGAGGAGUUCUUUUUAGAAAUACAUUUGAAAGGGGGCUCAUGUUGGAUAAAAUAAAAAUAUGUACAAAUAUGUAAUUUCAUAAACGGAUUACUGUUUAGAAGUAGCAUUGAUUAAUUAAAACAUAAAUUGGAUUAUGCAGUCACAGCAGAGAUAACUAUCGACUAUACUGUUAAAAAGAAUACCAGUCAGCUUGGUGGAACAUAUUAAGAUGUGUAUUGUUUUUUAUAUGAAAUAUUUGACAAGUGACCCUAUUCACAAAGAUCUUUGGUCGAAAAUGAAUACAGUUACUGCAAGUUGAAGUUUUGUGAACAGUGACUAUUUAUAUUUGAAUCUGUUUUAAAUACUGUACAAAAGAUUGGUAACAUUUUAAAACCGAUAAGUCUUAAAAUGUGCCUCAAAAGUUGAAGAACUUUACAUGCUCAGACAGCAAGGGGCUUAAAGUACAUGUCCUCUUAUUUGUUUGUAUUCAGGUAACAAGCAUGGAUCAAACCGUGAAGGACAAAGCACUACAAAGCAUGGCAGCAAUGUCAUCCGCACAGAUCGUGUCAGCCACUGCCAUCCACAAUAAACUAGGCUUGCCUGGCAUUCCUCGCCCGGCUUUUCCAGGAACACCUGGGUUUUGGCCGGGAAUGAUAUCUACAGGUCAACCAGGAUCCUCGCAUGAUAUAAAGCCAUUUGUUCAGCAAGCAUAUCCAAUCCAACCAGCAGGAACAACACCUGUUCCAGGGUGUGAUUCUGCAGUAACAGCGGCCCCCUCAGUACCUGCCUGGCAAGGCCGGUCCAUUGGAACAACCAAACUGAGACAGGUGGAGUUCUCGGCAUUCCUCGAGCAGCAGAGAGACCCCGAUUCGUAUAACAAGCACCUCUUUGUACACAUCGGGCAAACCAACCAUUCCUACAACGAUGCCCUACUUGAAUCAGUAGACAUUCGUCAGAUUUAUGAUAAAUUCCCAGAAAAGAAAGGAGGCCUGAAGGAGCUGUUUGGCAAGGGACCGCAUAAUGCCUUCUUCCUUGUAAAAUUCUGGGCUGACUUGAACUGCAAUAUCCAAGAUGAUGCAGGAGCAUUCUAUGGUGUCACAAGCCAGUACGAGAGCUCUGAAAACAUGACAAUUACCUGCUCCACUAAGGUGUGCUCGUUCGGAAAACAAGUUGUGGAAAAAGUAGAGACUGAAUAUGCAAGGUUUGAGAAUGGACGCUUUGUAUAUAGGAUAAGUCGCUCGCCCAUGUGUGAAUAUAUGAUCAAUUUUAUUCACAAGCUUAAACACUUGCCAGAAAAAUACAUGAUGAACAGUGUAUUGGAGAAUUUCACCAUUUUACUGGUGGUAACAAACAGGGAUACACAGGAGACUCUUCUUUGUCUGGCAUGCGUGUUUGAAGUGUCGAACAGUGAGCAUGGAGCCCAGCAUCACAUCUAUAGGCUUGUGAAGGAAUGAGAGAGGAACAUUUUACUGAAAACCUUAAACAGAGACUAAACCUCAAUACAAGUGGCAGUGCCUCGAAUCAGAAUCACACCCACGUUUUUGUUUGUCGGAUUUGGGUGAAGUCAUUUUUAUGAUGUAUAUGUGUACGACUACAGCUGUGAAUUGCGGUACAGUUGUAAAAACUUUUGAUACUGAAUUAGUUAUUCAUUUUAACAGAUGACUAAUCAAUGCCUGUUCUUAGGAAGAUGUGUGUGUGUGUGUGUGUAUGCGUGUAUGUGUGUCAGUUCUAAUGUAUUAUAGUAGUAUCUGUUGGUGGGGUUGUAUCAGAUUGCUAGACCUUUUAUUUUAAUUUUUUUUGUGUGGUAUCAAUUGAGAAAAAAAAAAGUAAUUAUCAAAGACACUAGCCAUUAUAACAUGGGACAUCUAAGCUCUGUAUAAUAUAUUGAACUAUUGUGAUUGUGUUUUUUUUUCCAAAGAAAGUAUUUCAUCAAAAGACAUAAUUUUGGAUAAAUGAAUAUUAAAAAAUGCUAGUUUUAAGAUAAAGAUAAUAGCCAGCCUAUUUAGAAAUACACUACAAAGUUAAAACAUUUGCAGCUUGGAGGAGAUCAACAGGAAUUAUGGUCUCUGAUAUUCUCUUAAACAGGGUUCAUUUGUCUGAAUCUCUUAAUACAAAGCCACACUACUCUUUCACUGUUUGAAAACGAAAGGUGAAGACUGAAUGCACUGUGAUAUAUAAACCUAGUCUUUUAGGUUUACCUCGGCCGUACCAAUAAUCACUUUGCAAUAAGAAUGUUGCAUAUUACAUUUGCAAAUUCAAAGAAUUCUAUGAAAUCCCAUCCCUUAAGCUGCAGAAGGUUUUCACAAUAAAGUAUUAGUACUGCUAAUAAAACGGAACAGCAGUACAUUCUCACAAAUCGUUUGUUGCCUUGUCCUAAGCACUUGGGUUUUCAGGUAGGACACGCCUUAUUGAGGUAUCUUGUUUUGUUAGCCUUUCUUGAUCAAUAACAGGCAUUCUGUGUAAAUAUAAUUGUAUGUGAGGAUCACAUGUUAAAGAAAAUUGACAACAAGAAGAAACAGUAAAGUUUAAAAACAGUUUCCACUGCAUUAAUCUGCUGUGGUGCAUCAUUCCCGAACAGGUUCUAUAUUUAGUUUUUGUUUGCCAAUAUCAGUUGGUUGCUGCCUUUACAUACACAUCAAGUCCUAUGAAAUCUGUGGUGUACACCAUUCAUUUUAUAUAAAUUCAAGCCUUAAAUGUGGUGGUGUGAUAUCCAAAAGAUGCCACUAAAACUGUGAGCUCUUUCCUAAGCUGGAAGACUUUCUUGUUAUUGUCAGUCUGUGUAGGAGUAUAUCAUUCAAAACUGCCAAAGUAUAUCAGUAUACAGUGCCUUAGUGUAUGUUGUAAUACUGACCUCUGUUGUCUGCCUGUAACAAAUGUAACGUCAAUCUUGGUCUGACAUUUUAUUUCAAGGUAAACCUGAAAUAACCAACUUUACACAUUGGAAUGAAUUACUGCGAGUUACACAAUAUGCACACAAUUGGAACUAGCCUACAGUUACAAAAAAAAAGCUACAGAAAGUACUUCUUUUACAGGGUAGAACUUAAAACACUAAAUAAAUGUUGCCUUUUCUCUAAAUGACCAAAAGCUAUGACCUGAUCCUUCGCGAUUUCCUGCACCUGUAGCAUGAAAGUGCCUUUGGUUUGGAACUUCCAGCUUAGAAAAGACUGAAUCAAUUGUAAGUAUUAUCUGUAGCAAGACCAAAAAAAUAAAAAAAAAAGAGAAUAAGAGAUCACCACAAUGCCUUUUUAUGUUUUCUAAAAAAAAAAAAAAAAAGUUUAAGGAGAAAAGGAAAGUGGGAUUCAUUUAUGUGAAUGUAACAAUGUCAUAUUCUGUAUUGAGAGAGGUUGCAGAAACACAAAAACAGCACCUGCGUGUUCAUAGCUUCAUGUAUUGUUAACACCAAUAAUUGGGCUAUUAGCUAAUUGUAAUAAGGAAAGCAGGUCUUCCAGAGUGAUUUUUUUAUUAGUUUUACUUUGAUUCAAGCUGAUAUGGAAACAGCCAUUGCACUGAGAAUGAGACCCUUUCAUUAUCAUUUGUACAGUGAUUUAUUAUUAGUGAAUACUACAACUGCUGCAAGUGUUCUUUCUUGCAUUGGCAGCACCGGUUUCUAUGUACCUCAGUAUCUAAAAGAUUUUGAAAAGGAAACAACUGGAUUGGUUUCUAGUAUUUUGCAGAAUAAGUCCCCUUCUACUGGACAUAUUUAUAUUAGGUUUCUGACAAGAUUCAAGACCAAGUAUGAGAGAACUUUAUCUAAUGUGUUAGUUUUUCUGGAAUAUGACUAAAGUGCAGUAGAUGCAUUCAAUUUGGGCCUGCAUUGUGGGCUCCUGAGUGGUGCAUCCGGUGAAGGCACUCCACGUGGAGUGCAGGAUGCGCUCUAUAGCCUGGAAGUCGCCGGUUUGAGUCCAGGCUAUUCCACAGCCGACCGUGGACGGGAGCUCCCAGGGGGCGGCACACAAUUGGCCGAGCGUCGCCUGCGGGGGGUAGGGUUUAGGUCGGCCAGGGUGUCCUCGGUUCACCGUGCACCAGCGACCCCUGUAGUCUGACUGGGCACCUACGGUCUUGCCUGUAGCUCUUGGGUGGCUGCAUGGUGAGUCCGCAGUGUGAAAAAAAGCGGUUGGCCGACGGCACACGCUUCGGAGGACAGCGUGUGUUCGUCUUCGCCCUCCCGAGUCAGCGCAGGGGUGGUAGCGGUGAGCUGAGCCUAAAAAUAAUUGGCCAUCCCAAAUUGGGAGAAAAUAAUAAAAAUUGGCAACGACUAAAUUUAAAAAAAAGUUAAAAAAAACGGAUUCUCAUGAAUAAUUGCCUUAUUGUUAGGAAUGGUAGAAAACACCCUUUGACUUUUAGGAUUCAAGCAAGUCCCAAGAAACAAAACAGUUGAAUAUAUAUAUAUAUAUAUAUAUAUAUAUAUAUAUAUAUAUAUAUAUAUAUAUAUAUAAUGUAUGUAUGUGUUACCAUAGUUUACUAUUGUAGCUUCAGUGACCUGACAAAAAAGGAAGGAAUUCAGCUGAUGCAAUUGCUGUUAGAUAAAUCACUAAAUCACUUUGGAGGACCUGUGUCCUCUCAGUGCCAGAAUGUCACCUGUUUAGAUUCCAGUUUAUGGAGUUUCAAAAAGUUUUAAUCUAAUCAAAAUACACCAGUCCCAGAAUUUUUUUAAAUAUUUCUAUUAAAUUAUCAAAAUCAGAAAGUUUCUAUAUUAAAGCGUCUCUAGUAUCCCUGUACAGGUUAUGGGAUUUUAGGUAACUUUUUUUUUUUUUAAAUAAUCACUCGCUAGAACGCUACGUGCCUGAAGUAGACUAUGGAGUUUUAUAUUGUUUCAAAUCAAAUAGUUUUUAUUGUUGUAUCUCCAGGUUUUGUUUUGUGUUAACAGCUGUUUUGCCCUGUGUAUUUGUUCACAUUUAUAAAUAACUUAAGAAAAUUAACUCAGUUCAUGUUUUUAUUGUGUUAUGUGUAUAAAAUUGGUUUUGUGAUGACAGCAUAUUCAAAUAAGGUCAUUGGUGAACUUGUUACUGCACUGCUGCUGGUAACUUUGAUAUGUAAAUUCCAUUUUGAAGCAUGUUAUAAUACUGCUUGUUUAAAUUUGGAUAAUAGGGUUGUUUCUUAGCUUUUACAUUUCGUGAUUGUUAAAAAAAGAUUUUAAUAUUAUGGUUACACAGAAAUCAAAAGGAAUUUCAAUACAAACCUAUCAGCAGUACAGGUUUUUUUAAAUAUAUUUGUUAUUAUCUUUGUAGGUACUGGUACCUUUUGUUUAUAAUCAUUUUAAAUGUUGCCUUUUAAAGUGAGUGAACUUAUCUUUAGUUCAGAUAGUAUCAUGAGAAUUAUAGGGUUUGUGUGCAGAGAAUUUUUUUUUUUUAAAGGUGCUUUGUAUAAAAACCAUGUGACCUGUCUUUCUUGGUACAAUUGUGUGAUAUCUUUAAUAUCCAUGACAGUAAAGUGCAAUUAUUUCAUCACUUCAAAAGAAAAAAAACCUGCUUCACGUGUGUGUGUUCUUUUAUUGCAGAUGUUCUUGUCUUUGCUAAGUAACACAUUUUGAUGCCUCCUUGAUAACGUGGUAGACAUUUUCUAGCUUUCUAGGAACUUUGUAUGCAUACAAUAUCAACUGACAAUAAAUAAAAUUUGAAACCCUG